CAUCCACCAAGAACUUCCUUAAUUCGCAGCUCAUAGUAACACACAGAAACAGUAAUCAAUCUGCAGCUCCGGAAAGCAAAAAAAUGGAGGUGGCUAUGUCUUUCAACUCUCUAGUGAGGCUUCCUCGAAGGAAUCCCAUGGAGGAUUCUGGGUCUUCUUCUUCUUCGCUCAUUCGCCACUCCACGAGGACCGCCGUCGUCCCUUCCCGGAAAAGGCAACGUCUUGGGCGGUUAAUGGUGGUUGAGGCUAAGGGGAAGAAAGGGAUGGCAGCUCGUCAGUACCAGCGUAAUGCUCCUCCUCCUCUGCCCAAGCUUGAGGAUGAUGGCAACCCCAAAUUCGUCAUCUUCAUUCGCAUGGCCGACGUUGAUCUUUGGUACCCCCUUAAUAUUGUUACUGGUGGCACAACUGCAAAAAUUAUGGUUGCUGCAAAGGACAACUUUCUCGGGAAGUAUAUUUACAAGGAUACUCUAGCUAGGAAUCUAGCGGCUGUGAUUUACCGAGAUGAAAAGGAACUGCAGAAAUUGGCAAAGAAACAGUUUCGUGUCCUGCGGGCAUCUACAGAUUUUAGAUAUGGAUACAAACUUGUUGAGAAUAAUAAUUUGAGGACUGCACUUUCUACCACAAAUAUCAUUGAGCUUCCCCGACAAGAGGAGCUUAAAACUGUUCUUGAUAAGGUGAAAGACUUCUUUGGAGACGCUAAGGAAUCAUUUGGGAAGCUGACGUCCCUAAGUUCAGAAUUGGAAUCAACCGAGGAAGAUUCUGAGGACUCAAAAGAAAAGACAAUGGUGAAAAGCUAAAAGAACAAUCCUAAAGAGGAGGAAGGAGGAGGCUCUCGAUAUCGUGUUUAGUCACUACCAGCAUCGAACAGAAAGCGUCUCCUCUGACACUGAAACACGGGAGUGAGUUUCGUUUUAGUUCUUCUGACUACUUUGUUUAUACUCCCUAUAACUUGGGUAAAACGGGUGUAACUACUUUACUGUCCGAAUUUCUUUUAUCUGUAUACUGAGGAACGUGAUCAUGGUCUAUGAAAUUGUUAUAAUUUGGAAACGGGUA